GGCGGCGGUAUCAUGGUGACGGUGAAGGCUGUGUGUGUGCUGAAGGGAGAGAGCUGCGUGACGGGCGUCAUCAACUUCGAGCAGCAGGAUAAUGGACCAGUAACGCUCUCAGGAAGGAUUACAGGUUUGACUGAAGGAAAACAUGGCUUCCAUGUCCAUGAAUUUGGAGACAACACAAAUGGAUGUACCAGUGCAGGUGCUCACUUCAAUCCUAAUGGCAAAAACCAUGGUGGACCACAGGAUGAAGAGAGGCAUGUUGGAGAUCUUGGCAAUGUGAUUGCCAAUAAAGAAGGUGUGGCAGAAGUGUCAAUUAAAGAUCGUUUAAUUUCUCUUACGGGACCGCUUUCUGUUGUUGGACGCACCAUGGUGGUCCAUGAGAAAGAAGAUGACUUGGGUAAAGGAGCAAAUGACGAGAGUUUAAAAACUGGCAAUGCUGGUGGUCGUCUGGCUUGUGGUGUUAUUGGAAUAGCUAAGAUCUAAAUAUUGACUACCUAAAAGCACUUAAA